CACCUCAUGCCCGCCGCCGCCGCCGCCGCCGCCAGCAUGUCUGCGAAGGAGAGGCCGAAGAGCAAAGCGGCCACCAAGGAAAGCGUCACGCUCUUGCCUUGCUUUUAUUUCGUGGAGCUGCCCAUUCUGGCAUCUUCCGUUGUGAGCCUCUAUUUCCUUGAGCUUACUGAUGUCUUCAAGCCAGUUCAUGCUGGAUUCAGCUGCUAUGACAGGAGUCUGAGUAUGCCAUACAUCGAACCUUCACAGGAAGCUGUCCCUUUUUUAAUGUUGCUUAGUUUGGCUUUCGCUGCACCUGCUAUUACGAUUAUGGUGGGUGAAGGUAUUCUCUACUGCUGCCUUUCAAAACGCCGGAGCAGAAUCGGAGCCGAGGCCAAUAUCAACGCAGGGGGCUGCAAUUUCAACUCCUUCCUCCGGAGAGCCGUCCGAUUUGUUGGUGUCCAUGUGUUUGGCCUUUGCGCCACUGCUCUGAUCACAGAUAUCAUACAGCUGUCAACUGGAUAUCAAACACCGUAUUUCCUUACUGUCUGCAAACCUAACUAUACAUCCCUCAAUGUAUCCUGCUCAGAAAAUUCUUACAUUGUGGAAGAUAUUUGCUCAGGUUCUGAUCCCAUGGUCAUCAAUGAUGGAAGAAAGUCAUUUCCUUCACAACACGCCACCCUGGCCGCUUUUGCAGCUGUGUAUGUUUCGAUGUACUUCAAUUCUACAUUGACUGACUCCUCUAAACUUCUGAAACCACUUCUAGUAUUCGCUUUUAUCAUCUGUGGGAUUAUAUGUGGACUGACGCGCAUCACCCAGUAUAAAAACCAUCCAGUCGAUGUUUAUUGUGGAUUUUUAAUUGGGGGUGGAAUUGCCCUUUACUUGGGUUUUUAUGCUGUGGGGAACUUUCUGCCAAGUGAAGACAACCUGUUUCAUCCAAACCCACACCGAGAACCAUUAAGGUCUUUGACUGACCUGAGUCAAGAUGCUAGUCAGAUUUUACCAGGGAAAAAUGGUAGCAGCAACAAUGCCAUCUCAACUCAUCAUGCUGAGAGUAUCUUGACAAGGAACAACAGAGACACUGGCUCCCUGACUAACCUCAAAAGAACAAAUGCUGAUGUGGAGAUUAUAACACCGCGAAGUCCAAUGGGAAAGGAGAACAUGGUCACCUUCAGCAACACAUUGCCAAGAGCCAACACACCUGCAGUGGAAGAGUCAGCUCGACGGAACACAACAAUUCAUGCAUCCAUGGAUUCGGCCCGUUCGAAGCAGCUACUUUCCCAGUGGAAGAACAAGAACGAAAGUCGGAAGUUGUCUUUGCAGGUUAUAGAGACAGAUUCUGGACAGUCACCACCUAGAGCUAUUGAAAUGAGAUCAAGCUCUGAACCAUCAAGAGUGGGAGUUAAUGGAGAUCACCAUGGCCCUCCCAAUCAGUACCUGAAACUUCAGCCUGGUAGUAUGCCAGGCUGUAAUAGUGCGGGCCUUUCUGGUGGCCCACGGGUUUCUAUUCAGUCACGGCCAGGUUCUUCACAACUAGUGCAUAUUCCCGAAGAGACACAGGAGAAUGUGAAUACAUCUCCAAAAACAAGCUCAGCUCGUGCCAAGUGGCUGAAAGCCGCCGAGAAGACUGUUGGAUGCAGAAGCAACAGCCAGCCAAGGAUCAUGCAGGUCAUAGCCAUGUCAAAACAACAAGGUGUCCUUCAGGGCAGCCCGAAGAGCUCUGAUGGGAGCACGGUCACCUGUACUGGAUCAAUCCGUUACAAAACCUUGACAGAUCACGAGCCAAGUGGCAUUGUAAGAGUGGAGGCCCACCCAGAAAACAAUAGGCCCAUCAUUCAGAUGCCAUCAGAGGGGGAAGGGAGUGGCUCAUGGAAAUGGAAAGCACCUGAGAAAGGAAGCCUUCGUCAAACCUAUGAGCUCAAUGAUCUCAACAGAGACUCUGAGAGUUGUGAGUCUUUGAAAGACAGUUAUGGAUCAGGAGACAGAAAAAGAAGUAACCUUGAUAACACGGAGCACCACCAUCAUGGGAUAACCACAAUCAGGGUCACCCCUGUGGAAGGUAGUGAGAUUGGCUCGGAGACUCUGUCCAUUUCCUCCAGUCGCGAUUCAACACUUCGGAGAAAAGGUAACAUCAUUUUAAUCCCUGAACGGGGCAGCAGCCCAGAGAACACCAGGAACAUCUUCUACAAGGGAACUUCUCCCACGAGAGCUUACAAAGAGUGA